ACAGAGAGGGCAUACACAGUCAAGUGGGCAGGCCACAAAGAGAGAGAUAAGAGGUUCAUUUACACAGAGAUACCCUGAGGAGAAGCAGGACUUAGCUUAUCAACAAAUCACAGCAUCGUCAAAGAAGAUUUAGGAUCAGUCUGUAAUGGCUACAAACAAGGAACUGACCGAGUAUAAGCUGGUCGUCGUUGGUGGGGGAGGUGUAGGAAAGUCUGCACUCACUAUACAAUUUAUUCAGAGUCAUUUUGUUGAGGAAUAUGAUCCCACCAUUGAAGACUCGUACCGCAAGCAGUGUGUCAUUGAUGAUGAAGUAGCAGUAUUAGAUAUUUUGGACACAGCUGGACAAGAGGAGUUUAGUGCAAUGAGAGAGCAGUACAUGCACACUGGUGAAGGGUUUCUACUUGUAUAUUCUAUUAUUGAUAGAAAUAGCUUCGACGAGAUCCCAAAGUUCCACAAGCAGAUACUUAGAGUGAAAGACAAGUCAGAGUUUCCAAUGAUAUUAGUAGCUAAUAAAGCUGAUCUGGAAACCGAUAGAGUUGUAUCCUAUCAAGAAGGAGAAGAAUUAGCUAAGACUCUUAAAAUUGGUUAUGUAGAGGCCAGUGCUAAACACAGAGUACAUGUUGACAAAGCAUUCCACGAUCUUGUCCGAGCAAUAAGGAGGUUCCAGAAACCCGCCACCUCGAAAAAGGACAAGAGCAAGAAAAAGUGUACAAUCCUUUAAGCGCCGUGAUUAAUAAUUAUAAUCUCCUAAUUAUAAUUUAUACAUAAUUUAUUAUUAGUAACGAUUUGUUAUUUCUUUCUCUUGCUUUUUUUUCUCUCUCUCUCUCUCUCUCACUUAUCGAACACAGCAAUGUUGCACACAUGUGCUCACUCUCCUAAAGAUGACGUUGAAUUGUUAAUUUUUUGUGUCUCAAUUGUUUUGUGUUUAUGCUCUCUUUGAUGUAUCCUGCCAGAAAUCACUCUCUCUCUCUCUCUCUAUUUUAGUAGUCAUGUCUAUUAUUGUACCACUUUCUUGUAUGAUCUUUCUGUCUUUCAAUUUUUCUAUUGAUUCUUCCUAUGUUUUAUCACUAUUAUUAUUAUUAUCAUUAUUAUUAUUAUUGUUGUCAUUAUUGGACUAUUAUAGUUGUUUUAAUUCCAAAAUGCACCCACACACACACACAUGCACGUGCACUUAAAAAAUAAUUAUAUAUAGCAAAAAACUUAAAUGUUAUUUCAAUUACUUAGUAA